UCGAAACAAUCCGAUGUCGAAGGGGAGCACGGACGUGUUGGUCGGUCUAGAGUGGGAAAGAGUGAGAGGGCAGGCUCUCCUCUUUCUCGCUUUGAGGAAACAGCAGCAGCAGCAGCAUGCCGAAGCAGCGCCCCUCGCCCAAGAAGCUCCCCACGAAGAAGGGCGACUGCAGCCAGUGGGUGAUGGUGGUCCCAGAAUCAGUAACUGACCUGAGGAAGCCAAAUUCUGGGCCUCUGUUUACAACCCUGCGUAAUCCAAGCACAGCAGGGCAGGCAGCCCUAUAUUUGUUCAGUGGUGAUUCUCGGCAGCUAUUUGAAUUAAAAGCCUUCCACGAAGAGUACCGAUCCUGGUUUAUAGGUCAGGCUGUUCAACAUGAUGGACGCCUGUUCUUUGCUACACCAAUGGAUCCGUUAUUUCUUGUGCUGGUCUACCUUAUCAAAUCAGAGGAAGAGCAUGGAAAGUUUCAGCCACUAGAUCAAAUUUUGAUAGAUGAAGAAUUUCCUUCCUGUUCGAUGUUGCUACAGUGCACAAGCACAUCACACUCAAUUCACCAUAUAGUAGAAGAAAAAGAAAUCAGUGGCAAGAAAUUUUAUAAAUUUAGUGAGGAGAAAACACUAAAGUGGCUAAAGAAGAAGGUAGACCAGACUGUGAAAGUAUUAAAGUGCCACAAUGUGCGUGUGGAUGCAAGAGUUCAAACUGCAACAUUUAUCAGUGGAAAACAGUUCACCGAUGCCACGGAAGAGGACUAUAUUCGCUAUGCCCAUGGGUUAAUCUCAGAAUACAUUCAUGAAGACCUCAGUAUUGCACUAGCGAAAUACGUACGGCUUCCACAAAUUUCAUCUCCUUCAUCAGAACCGGCAUCAAAGAUGUCAGUACGUCACCAAAAGAAGAGAUGACGGGAAUAAAAUGAAAUUUGGAUGCCUUAUUUUAUCAUGGAAUAUUAAGACCAUUUUAAAGACGGGCCAGUCAUACUGUAAGAAUCUGUUAACUAGAUGAUAGUAGCUGAAGAAUAGGGUCAUCUUUCUGACAUCUGGCAGCUUGAAGUGUUAGCUUUUUCAGUUUACUAAAUCUUUUACUUUAUUAUACUUACUCCUUAUUCUGCAGGCAAUCUUGACUUGAUUUCCUUGCCAACUUAUCUAUUGCUGGCAAACUUAUCUAGGUGAUGUUGUAUAACCUGAAAGGGCUUUUUUAAAUGUGCAUUUUUAAAAGCGAGAAGUUAUAGUUGGGAGAAGAAAAGUAAUGGCAGAAGGCACAAUGCUCCUCAAUGAACCUUGCUCUGAGGCUGCCAUUGAUCUGGGGCAGAAGGUGACCAGAGAAAGGGCUUUUUUAUUGGUGACGUCUUGGUUGUAGAGCACUUCUAUAGGCUGGAACCUAUUUUAUUCACUUUUUAAGCACCAAAUGAUUAUAUAUUUUGGGCCUUUAGUGGCUGACUGAUUUUAUAUGGGCGUUUCUUGCUGUUCAAUUGCACUUAUAAUCUCUAUAAUUUUCACACUUUAAAAAAAUAUAUGUUUACAGAUAGCAUUUUUAUAUUAUUGGAAUGGGUGGAGUGACAAGGUUGUUGUGAGUUUUCUGGGCUGUAUGGCCAUGUUCCAGAAGCAUUCUCUCCCGAUGUU